AUGCGUGGGAUGUUGAAAAGCUUGAAGAUUUGGAGCUUUGGUCUCGCCCUUCGUAAGUUCAUGUUCAUGGCUUACUAUCAGAACUACCUCCUUGGGUCUAUGCAACGCCAAAACGUGGAGACUCGUAAAUCAGCGAUGGAGCAAAAACCUGAAGUUACCGAUUAUGCUGCCAUGAUGGCUAUUCUAUACAGUAUGGUUAAGCAAGACUGCAUAAUGCAGGAAAAAAUUGUUACAUCUCUUAGUCUCAAGUCAUCAUCAGAAGAGCUGGAGAGCUACUGCCUGAUGUGGUCUCUGCGCCCUUUCGUAGACGAUGAAAUUAUGUGUGAAGCUUGGAAACUUCUUCCCUGA